GUAGAAAGGUGAAGUUUAUCGCCUCCCCAUGGUGAAAGCUGAAAAUAUUUUAAAAUAGGGUAGAGCUCGUACAUAUAUAUAUAUACACACACACACACACACACACACAAAUACACAAAUUCGUAUAUGGCAGAAUAAUAAAACACACAAAACGUUAGGUCAGUUUUAGAUCUCGUAUAAUGUGCUGGUGAGCAGUUAAUAUUUGGCAUCGCAUUCUGGAAAACCCCUGUAAUGAAAAUGAAAUUGAAAGUGAACCUCCAGUGAGAGCUGAGUGAAGGGAAAGACGGGGGAAAACCUGUAUUUAGACCGAUAGCUGCGGAAAUACAUGCUGAAGAAAUCGCUUAACUUCUAAACACAAGCGCUUUGAGUCUGAGGCGCCAUUAAAAGCCGCUGUUUAAUAGCGACACUUGAGCGGUUCAUCCACAAGCUACAAGAUGGCCAAAGUUUUGGUGGCUGCUCUUGCUCUUGUGUUGACGGAUUUGGUGUUCGUCUAUGUGCUGGACUUGCUGGGCAGCCGGUGGAGAGGUGAGGUGAGGAGUCUGGACGGUGGAGCUGACUUGCUGAGGCAGUGGACUGAGGCUGUGCUGCGAUGCUCAUUGCUCUGCUCACUCUUCUACUGGAGUGAUGUGAGAGGGCCGCUGAUGAAGCGCUGGAUUUUGGCCCACUGUUUUCUCCCUCCUGUGUAUGAAACAGGUCGCUUAACUGUGUUUGGCAGCUGGCCGCUGGAGAAGUUUGCUAUGUGGCUGGUCGGCAGUGUGGCUGCUGCUUUGGGAUGCCUGUUCUGGGAGACGCUCUUCGCAGAGUCUAACGGGGAAAGCAGCAGCAAAGAGAAGAAGCAGAGAGCUCGAGUGCUCUUCAUGAGAGUGAUCCACCUCUACAAACCUGACUACCUGUUUUUAAUCGGGGCAUCUGGCUUCCUAGCCUUAGCUGUCCUUUGUGAGAUGUUUAUUCCACUCUAUACAGGAAAGUUGAUCGAUAUCCUGCAGACUGAGUACAGCUGGAAUGAAUUUCUUUCAACAAUAAUCCUAAUGACAUGUUGCUCUUUUGGAAGCUCUUUCAGCGCAGGCUGCCGAGGAGGUCUCUUCCUGUGUGCUAUUGGCAGCUUUAUUUGCCGAGUGAAGCAUCAACUCUUCGGCUGCUUGCUUAAGCAGGAAAUUGGCUUCUUUGAGACUAUAAAGACAGGUGACAUCACAAGCAGACUGUCCACAGACACCAAUCUCAUGGCCCGAGCUGUAGCCCUGAAUGUGAACGUCCUACUGCGAACCAUGAUUAAGACCAUGGGGAUGCUGUACCUGAUGUUUAGUCUCUCCUGGAAGCUCACAGUACUGACGCUGUUGGAGACGCCUUUGACUGGACUACUACAGAACAUCUAUGACACACACUACCAGAGACUCUCAAAGAAAGUGCAGGACUCCAUAGCAAGAGCAAAUGAUGCUGCAGGAGAGGCUGUGUCAGGCAUCAGGACAGUAAAGAGCUUUAACGCAAAGCAGAGUGAGAAGUGUCGCUAUGAUGAGCGGCUGAUGGAUACGCAUAAUAUAAAGACUCAGCGGGAUACAGUCAGAGCAGUGUACCUGCUGGUAAGAAGGCUCACAGAGUUGGGAGUGAAGGUGGCUGUGUUAUACUAUGGUCGCCUGUUUGUAACGUAUGGACAGAUGACCACGGGAAAUCUGGUCUCAUUCAUCCUCUACCAUUCAGAUCUCGGGGACAGCAUUAGGACUUUGAUUUAUAUAUUUGGAGACAUGCUGAACUCUGUGGGUGCCGCUGGGAAGGUGUUUGAGUACCUGGACCGCAAGCCUGAAGUGAGCACAGAUGGGACCCUGGAGCCAGAGGAACUGAAGGGACACGUCAGCUUCCAGAACAUCACCUUCUCUUAUCCAACACGUCCUGACUUCAAUGUGCUGGAGGACUUCAGUUUGGAGCUGAAACCCGGUAAAAUGACCGCCCUGGUAGGGAUUUCCGGUGGUGGGAAAAGCACUUGUGUCAGUCUGCUGCAGAGGUUUUACCAGCCUCAGCAAGGAAAGAUCCUACUAGAUGGGCAGCCUCUGCAGAACUACCAGCACAAAUACCUGCACAGCAACCUUGUUGCAGUGGGCCAGGAGCCUGUUCUCUUCGCCGGUACCAUACGGGACAAUAUUGCUUACGGAUUGCCAGACUGUUCACUCAAGAGUAUUGAGGAGGCAGCACGCAAAGCCAAUGCACAUGAAUUCAUCUGCCAGUUACAGAAAGGUUAUGACACAGAUGUAGGUGAACGAGGAAGUCUUCUUGGUAGCAGUCAGAAGCAGCGCAUUGCGAUUGCCAGAGCUCUGAUCAGAGAGCCGCAAGUUAUAUUACUGGAUGAGAUCACAAGCUUUCUGGAUCCUAAGAGUGAACAAACGGUCCAACGAGCCCUGGCCAACUGCCCCAACCAGACCUUACUGGUGAUUGCACACAGGCUGAAGACCAUUGAGAAGGCAGACCAGAUUAUUGUGAUUGACCAGGGGGUGAUUGUGGAGCAAGGCAGUCAUCAGGAACUUAUGGAGAAGGAGGGACAUUACUACAAACUGAAAGAGAAACUCUUUACUGAAAAUAACACUAACAGUUAAUGUGAAACCAAAAGACCUGCAAGUCUAAUUUUAAAAAUUGGAGGCACUGACACUCCAUCAGUAUGCAGUACAACCGUAAUCAUACAUUGAAAUAGAUCUUUUUGGCAUUCUACAUUGUUUCAGAUGUUUUCUGAGCUACACUUUCAUCUUAGUUGGUCAGUAUACUGUACGAAAAGUAUAUUUUUAUGUGUUGUAAAUAAUGGUGAAAAAUACAAUAUUUCUGAUUCUGAAUGGGAUUUAUUUAUAUGAAUGGACAAUAUUGGAGUAGUGAAUUUUCCUCCACUAAAGCAAAACACAACAAAAAUACACCAGAUUUGAUCAUUUGUAGUUUGUAUUUGUAGUUUUUUUUAUUAGAAAUAACAUCUAAUCACCUGAUACAUCACCUGAUAGAAAACAAACAAGAAAACAUACAGACAGAAAUUAAGUGUUUUAAUUAACAGUUUAACAUUUAUUACUAGUGACAGCAUUAAAAUGUCUGCUCAUUAUAAAAUCACAUCAUGGUGUGUUCUGGAGUUUUGUCUUGUUUUAGCGUGAAUAUAGGCUGACGAUACAGAACAUAUCUAUUACUAAAACUUACUCUGCAAAAAUGAAUAUUUCUGUCUCUGUAUAACAAUAGUUCAUUUGUAAAAGCUCAAUGACUGUUAUAGCUGCACCUUAGCUGGCCAAUCUCUUCUCCCAAUUAAAAAUUCUUCAAUAAAUUCUCAUUUUUAUGAA